GCGUGCCACUGGCGGCUAGGCAUGUCAAUCACCGGGUCCCGGCUGGAGUUUUCCCACUGGAACCCAGUGAUUGCCAUGCAAAGCUGACAGGGAAGAAACCUUUGUGUAAACAACUCAGGUCUCUCUCCUGCCAGCAUGGUCAUUGCUGCUUUGUAUUUCUCUGCACAGCAGAGAAAUACAAAACACACACAGCACACAGUAAAACAUACACAGCACACAUUUAAUCCUUUGAUCUCCCAAAAGUUAACUCCUUCCUGCCCAGUGUCAUUAGUACAGUGUCAGUGCUUUUUAUUAGCACUGAUCACUGUAUUAGUGUCACUGGGAAUGUCAGUGGCAGUUAGUCAGUUUCCCCCCCCCCAGUAUCAGAAUGCCUGUCGCAGUCCCGCUAUAAGUCGCUGA